AGAUGCAACUUACUUGGGGGGAGAGAGUGACAAUACUGCACAAAGGGAUAGGUGUCCAUGUACUGUGGAAGGAGAAAUGGACGUGUACCUGGUUUUGUUAAGAGGUACACAGUGCCUCGCUGUCUCGCAUGUGAAAAGCUUGUGCCUUCCCUCUUCCAUGCACCCACUAUAUCCCAACCAUCUGGCAUUCUUUUCUCUCAUUCCUAUUCAUAACCUCAUUGACACUAGACUUAAGCCUUGGUUUUCAGUCCCUUUCUCUCCUCAUUCUUCUGCAAUUCCUAUCCAACCUGGUUCUCAAUACCCAAAACUAGAGAGCGAUUUCCGUUGCUUUCGGUAGAUAAAGUUUCAUUCUUUUCGUCAUUUUCCACUCACCCUUUUUCGGAUUUUCCCGGGAAAAUCGGAGGUUCAGGAAGAUGAAUGCAUUUGCCUCAGAAUGCAGCAGUGGGUGUGAGUCUGGUUGGACUAUGUACCUUGAACAAUCUUUCCUGAACCAGAAUGGUUCGCAUAGAGAUAAUCGAUUUUAUGAUGAAUGCAAAGAGAAAAGAGUCUUGGACGAGGAGGAGGAGGCUAUGGAUGAGGAUCUGUCUAUGGUUUCUGAUGCUUCUUCUGGGCCUCCACAUUUCCCAGAUGAUGAAGAUAAUGGGUGCUUUUACCCUCAAAUAUCUUCAAAAACAGCAAAACCGCAGAAGACUGGUAAAGAGAAAAAGAAAGUCGAAGAAAAUCAACACCUGGUUUCUUUGCUUGAUGACACUGCAAGCUCUCCUGUUUAUGACUUCUCCAAGAACAGUGUCACAAUGACGAAUCAACAAGGCUCGACAGAAAGUUUUCUGGAUUAUUCGCAAGGUUUCUCUGCAACUUAUUUUGAGGAGAGAUCCUCGUUCCCAGACCAUUUUGGUUAUAUGCAAUCAUCUAUGUCACAAAAUGAGCUUCAGAAUAACCAGUGGUAUGGAGGGAAAAUGAGAUGAAGAUAGUUGCAGUAGAGGUCACUGAAAACCAAUGGAGAGAGGAUUGAAGUGUGAAAGGAACUUCAUCUCAGAAGGGAUUAUACUCCUUUCUUUUCUUUUCUGUCAAUGCGGUGGGAAACAACCUGUGAAAAAAAACAAGAAGUUAGAUUUUUUUUUCUCUUUUACUUUUUGCCAGCAAAAUUUCAAUGUUAUUGUCAAUGAACAGUGGAUACAAGCGAGCUUAGUUAGAGAGGCUCUGUAUAAGCAUUCUCGCUCCCUUGUUUUUGAUGAAGACCCAUGCUCACUUUAUAUCAGCAAUAUUCAUCAUCUCUUAUUUAAAAAUCAUUCAAUAUAUAA